GCUAUCCCCCGGAAAACAUGCCGGCGGCCGCCCUGCCGUCCCGCACGGACCACAGCUACUCGUACAGCUACUCGCACAGCUACUCGCACAGCUAUCCCCCGGAAAACAUGCCGGCGGCCGCCCUGCCGUCCCGCACGGACCACAGCUACUCGCACAGCUACUCGCACAGCUACUCGCACAGCUAUCCCCCGGAAAACAGUCCGUGCGCAUCCCCGGACUUUGCUGCCUGCAACGGAGAGAUAGGUACUAAUGCGUGUGGCUACACUUCGACGUGCACAUAUCACGCAGGGCUGACCAAGUGCACCGUGGCCGAAGGAGGCAUAUGUUCGGCGUGCUCUCCCUGCGACAAGGACUUUAGUGCGACCGCCCUGCCGUCCCGCACGGACCACAGCUACUCGUACAGCUACUCGCACAGCUAUCACCCGGACGAAUGGAUCACGUACACCCUGUUCGAGGGCGCGACCCCGUCGGCUUCCGGCGCGGACCUGGACGUGGUCCUUGAGCAGACAUUUUGGGAAGGCGAGUAUAAACUCGGUAUAUGGUUCACAAUGCCAACUGACCUUGGAUCCAUCGGUGACUGGAAUGGCCUCCUGGGUCGCGACGAUGGGGGACACCCGUACCCGUACUUCAACCGGGACGGCCUCUGGUUCGAGAAGCAAAACGGACCGCACCCGCAGGCCGCGGGCCUGGAGCUGAGUUGCUUCGAGGGGGGCGCCAGCUACACCGCGUCGGUGUAUCACUAUCUGGAAGGCGGCGGCGACUGCUUCGACAUGAGCGUCGAAAGAAUCGGAGCGGAGGCGCCCUGCUCUCCGGUGUCCUGGUGCUACGACUACGACUAUGACAACGUACCGCUGUACGCGGGAUGCGGCUACGGAAAGGAGGAUGAGGUCUUUCCCGGUUCGGUGACGAAAGUCGUCUUUCUCUUCAAGCCUGGGUCCAGUCCAGCGCCCGACGACGAGGACGACUGCACCCCGGGGUGGCACUCCAUGAAGUGCCUCGACGACGGGACAGUGAUGCGCGGCGACGGCUGCGCCUCGUGCGGCGACUGCGCGAUGUACGACUUCACGGCGGCCACUGGCGGCCGAGCCACCUGCAAGCUACACGGCCCGGAUGGUUCGUACUCGUACUCGUACUCGCACAGCUACUCGUACAGCUACGGCCAGGGCGUCACGGCGACCUACUACUUCGACGGCGUCGAGCAAGCGGUGGAGGAGUGCUGGUACGACGACUGCUCGGAGGACGAGGACGAGGACUGGAGGUGGGCGAACAGCUGUCGCCAGGACUACUGCACGUCCAUGGGC